AUCACAAGAAGGACUUCGGGGACUCUUCUUCCUCGUCUUCUUCACUGAGACCUGGAGACAAAUCAGCUGCAGCAGUGAAGCCUCUGGACGCUCCUCUUCCUCCUUCAUCCUCCUCUUCCUCGUCUCUGCGUCCUGCGGUGGAGGCCUUCAUGAAGCAGUUACCCAGAAUCCUCCCUCGCUCUUCCCUCCCCGAUAAGACUCACCUGUCUGUUAGCUCCUCCCCCUCUCUGUUAGCUCCUCCCCCCUCGCUAGCUCCCAAAGACCCCCCAGGUGUGGGAGGAGCUUCGGCCCCCGGAGGUCAGGUGAAAGUCAUCUCCAUGGGGGGCGGGGCUCUUCCAGUGAUGAUCCUCCCACAGAGCGUCCUGACCUCCGCCCCCCCGCCCCCCCCUCAGCUCUCAGCCCCCACCUCGGUGCUACAGAAGCCCCGGGGUCAAGGGUCAGGGGUCACCAAACGACCCCCCUCUGACCCCUUCCCCACCCCCCUCCCUCUGAAAAGAAAGCGAGGACGACCUAGGAAACCGCGCCCAGAAGAAGCCCCGCCCCCUCUUCCUCCGGCUGUUCUCUCACCCAAACCCCCUGCCCCCUCUCACAUGCCAAUCAUCACCUCGGUAACGGGGGGUGUCAUCCAGCUGUUGCAGAGCGCCCCCCCUCCCCAUUGGGAGAUUCAGGGGGUCAUUCAGAAAGCCCCAAGACCAGGAAACAACAUGUUGGCUGUUCCAUCAGCUGUGCUGCCCCCCCCCACGCUGCACGAUGAUGACCAGGUGGAGAUCACCCUCACCCCCGUGGAGCUGCACCUGGACACGCCCACUUCCUAUUCCUCCGCUCCCACUUCCU